UACUGUCUGUUAAUCUUUGACUUCAGUUGUUCCUUCCAAAGUUCAGAGCUGCUCUGUGAUCACAUUUCUUAAAGAACUCUUCAGUCUGAAGAUGAAGACAGAGAGUUGAGACUGCAGAUGAAUCAAAAGACCUUUGAAAACCUCCUGCUGUCAGUUACAUGUUUGUUAUUUCUCCUGUUGGUUUCCUGGUUAAAGCUGCUGAAUAAUUUCACCGCCGAACGUCGACUUCAUGCAAAUUAUUUUCACCAUCAAAAGAUGUGGACUCUGCUAUGAAUCAGUGUGAGGACAAAAAGGAGGGAGCUCCUCCCUCUAAAACCACUCUGUGCGGGAAACAUGACAGCAAGACCAAAGCUCAGAGACCGGACUCUCCUGUAUCAACCUGUGAAUCCACAAAGAGUGACCGUUCUAAGGGUCGACCUUUUGACUUCAAACAUGGACAGCAGUCUGAUGACCAAAGCUGUGUGUCCAUUAAAAGUGACCGGUCUAAGGGUCGACCUUUUGACUUCAGACAUGGACAGCAGUCUGAUGAACCUGUGAGGAUCAAACCACAGAAGCAAGACUUGUCUUUUCCCAGCUGUGUGUCCAUGAAGAGUGACCGGUCUAAGGGUCGACCUUUUGACUUUAAACAUGGACCGAAGUCUGAUGAUCAAAAGAUCCCUCAGCAGAGAGCAGAUCCCUCUGGAAUCAGCUGUGUGUCCAUGAAGAGUGACCGGUCUAAGGGUCGACCUUUUGACUUUAAACAUGGACAGAAGUCUGAUGAUCAAAAGAUCCCUCAGCAGAGACCAGAUCCCUCUGGAAUCACCUGUGUGUCCAUGAAGAGUGAUCGGUCUAAGGGUCGACCUUUUGACUUCAGACAUGGACAGACAUCUGCUGAUCCAGAGAUCCCUCAGCAGAGACCAGAUCCCUCUGGAAUCACCUGUGUGUCCAUGAAGAGUGACCGGUCUAAGGGUCGACCUUUUGACUUCAGACAUGGACAGACAUCUGCUGAUCCAGAGAUCCCUCAGCAGAGACCAGAUCCCUCUGGAAUCACCUGUGUGUCCAUGAAGAGUGACCGGUCUAAGGGUCGACCUUUUGACUUCAGACAUGGACAGACAUCUGCUGAUCCAGAGAUCCCUCAGCAGAGACCAGAUCCCUCUGGAAUCACCUGUGUGUCCAUGAAGAGUGACCGGUCUAAGGGUCGACCUUUUGACUUCAGACAUGGACAGACAUCUGCUGAUCCAGAACUUCAGCAGCAGAGCUCAGAUGUUUCUAGUGGUCAGUCUGACCCGCAGCAUCAAACUGACCUGGACUCUAUAUUCAUGGUGCUUGAGGAGAACAUUGUUAGUUUUGUGAAGAAUGAACUGAAGAAAUUCCAGAAGGUUCUGAGUCCAGAUUACCAAGAAUGCUCAAAGAAACAUAGGGAAGGUGAGGAGGUGGUGGAUGGCAAGGAAGAAGAAAAAAUGAAGAGCAGCAGAGAGGCAUUUCUGAAGAUUACACUGCACUUCCUGAGGAGAAUGAAUCACAAGGAGCUGGCUGACUGUUUGCAGAAAAGAACUGGCGCUGGAGCUCUCUUAUGCCAGACUAAAAUAAAGUCUGAUCUAAAGAGGAAGUUUCAAUGUCUCUUUGAGGGGAUUGCCAAAGCAGGAAACCCAACCCUUCUGAAUCAGAUCUACACAGAGAUCUUCAUCAAAGGAGGUGGGACUGCAGAGGUUAAUGAUGAACAUGAAGUCAGACAGAUUGAAACAGCAUCCAGGAAACCAGACAGACCUGAAACAACAAUCAGACAUGAAGAUAUCUUUAAAACCCCACCUGGAAGAGAUGAACCAAUCAGAACAGUGAUGACAAAGGGAGUGGCUGGCAUUGGGAAAACAGUCUUAACACAGAAGUUCACUCUGGACUGGGCUGAAGACAAAGCCAACCAGGACAUCCAGUUCACAUUUCCAUUCACCUUCAGAGAGUUGAAUGUGCUGAAAGAGAAACAGUACAGCUUGGUGGAACUUGUUCAUCACUUCUUUAAACACUUUAAAGAAACAGAAGAAGCAGGAAUCUGCAGGUUUGAAGAGUUCCAGGUUGUGUUCAUCUUUGACGGUCUGGAUGAGUGUCGACUUCCUCUGGACUUCCAAAACACUGAGAUCCUGACUGAUGUUACAGAGUCCACCUCAGUGGGUGUGCUGCUGACAAACCUCAUCAGGGGGAAUCUGCUUCCCUCUGCUCGCCUCUGGAUAACCACACGACCUGCAGCAGCCAAUUUGAUCCCUCCUGAGUGUGUUGACAUGGUGACAGAGGUCAGAGGGUUCAAUGACCCACAGAAAGAGGAGUACUUCAGGAAGAGAUUCAGAGAUGAAGAGCAGGCCAACAGAAUCAUCUCCCAUGUUAAAGCAUCACGAAGUCUCCACAUUAUGUGCCACAUCCCAGUCUUCUGCUGGAUCACUGCUACAGUUCUGGAGAACGUGCUGAAGACCAGAGAAGGAGGAGAGCUGCCCAAGACCCUGACUGAGAUGUACAUUCACUUACUGGUGGUUCAGUCCAAACGAAAGAGCAUCAAGUAUGAUGGAGGAGCUGAGAUAGACCCGCACUGGAAUGAAGAGACCAGAAAGAUGAUCAAGUCUCUGGGAAAACUGGCUUUUGAGCAACUGCAGAAAGGCAACCUGAUCUUCUAUGAAUCAGACCUGACAGAGUGUGGCAUCGAUAUCAGAGCAGCCUCAGUGUACUCAGGAGUGUUCACACAGAUCUUCAAAGAGGAGAGAGGACUGUACCAGGACAAGGUGUUCUGCUUCGUCCAUCUGAGUGUUCAGGAGUUUCUAGCUGCUCUUCAUGUACAUCUGACAUUCAUCAACUCUGGUGUCAAUCUGCUGUCAGAAGAAGAAACAAUGUCCCGGCUGCCUAAAGUCUUCAGAGACAAACCUAAACCAACACAUCUCUACCACUGUGCAGUGGACAAGGCCUUAGAGAGUCCAAAUGGACACCUGGACUUGUUCCUACGCUUCCUCCUGGGUCUUUCACUGCAGACCAAUCAGACUCUUCUACGAGGUCUGCUGAAACAGGCAGGAAGUAGCUCAGAGAUCAAUCAGAAGACAGCCAAGUACAUCAAGAAGAAGAUCAGUGAGAAUCUCUCUGCAGAGAGAAGCAUCAAUCUGUUCCACUGUCUGAAUGAACUAAAUGAUCAUUCUCUAGUUGAGGAGAUCCAACAAUACCUGGGUUCAGGAAGUCUCUCCACAGAUAAACUUUCUCCUACUCAGUGGUCAGCUCUGGUCUUCAUCUUACUGUCAUCAGAAAAAGAUCUGGACGUGUUUGACCUGAAGAAAUACUCUGCUUCAGAGGAGGCUCUUCUGAGGCUGCUGCCAGUGGUCAAAGCCUCCAACAAAGCUCUGCUGAGUGGUUGUAAUGUGUCUGGGAGAGGCUGUGAAGCUCUGUCUUCAGUUCUCAGCUCUGAGUCCUCCUGUCUCAGAGAACUGGACCUGAGUAACAACAACCUGCAGGAUUCAGGGUUGAACCUCCUGUCUGCUGGACUGGAUAGUCCACACUGUACACUGGAAACUCUCAGGCUGGGUUUGUGUAAACUGUCAUGGCGAAGCUGUGAAGCUCUUUCCUCAGUCCUCAGCUCUGAGUCCUCUAGUCUGAGAGAGCUUGACCUGAGUAACAACGACCUGCAGGACUCAGGAUUAAAGCAGUUGUCAACUGGACUUCAAAGUCCACUUUGUACACUGGAAACUCUAAGUGUGUCAGGCUGUCUGAUAAAAGAGGAAGGCUGUAGUUCUCUGGCCUCAGCUCUGAGCUUCAACCCCUCCCAUCUGAGAGAGCUGGACAUGAGCUACAAUCAUCCAGGAGUGUCAGGGGUAAAGCUUCUGUCUGCUAGACUAGAGGAUCCAAUCUGGAGGUUGGACACUCUCAGGGUGGACCAUGGUGGACAGCAGUGGUUAAAACCUGGUCUGAGGAAAUAUGCCUGUGAACUCAUACUGGACACAAACACAGCGCACAAAAAGCUCAAACUGUCUGAAAACAACAGGAAGGUGACACUAUCAGGAGAGAAAGAACGGCCUUAUCCUAACCAUGCAGACAGAUUUGACCGUUGCAGUCAGAUUCUGUGUAGCAAUGGUCUGACUGGUCGCUGUUACUGGGAGGUCGAGAGGAGAGGAGACAUUGAUGUAGCAGUGAGUUACAGUGGAAUCAGAAGGAAAGGAGAGGGCUCUGACUGCAGGUUUGGAAGGAACGAUCAGUCAUGGAGUCUAAACUGCUGUGAUGGUCGUUACUCUGUCUGGCACAUCAACAAGGAAACAGUCCUCCCUUUCUCUUCCUCCUCUGUCUCUAACAGAGUAGCAGUGUAUGUGGACUGUCCUGCCGGCACUCUGUCCUUCUACACAGUCUCCUCUGACACACCGAUCCACCUCCACACCUUCAACACCACAUUCACAGAGCCUCUUUAUCCUGGGUUUGGAUUUGGGUUUGGUUUUGGGGUGGAGUCUUUGAUGCUGUCACUGGACUCCGCAGUGUCUCUGUGUUCAUUGUAGGACAGAAGAGAAACACUAAUAUUGCUGUCUUCUGGAGGAAAUGCAAUGCCACAUGAAUUACUCUCUAAUCUUGAGUGAUUGAUCUGGAAAAAACUAAACCCUGUGUCAUAUCAUCACACAUUUUUCUUAAAACAAUUUCCCAAUACAUUUACAAAAUUCAUCUAUUGUUAGGUAGUCUAUAUCCACAACCUUCCUCUUCCAGGAUUGCCACGGUGCCACUGGAAAUUCCGCCGUAUGUCCUUUUUUGGACCGAUUUCUAUCACCUUCCUCUUUUUUUGUGUGUUGGCUGAGUACUAUGGUUAACUGCUCCUCAGAUCUCUGCAGGGUAAAUCCAGACAGCUAGCUAGACUAUCUGUCCAAUCUGAGUUUUUUUGUUGCAUGACUAAAACUACUUUUGAACGUACACCUGUUCCACCAAAACAAGUUCCUUCCCGAGGCUAUUUAGCAGAGGCACCGGGGCUCCAUGCAGCGCUUAGUGCCACCCAUGACGAUUGUGAUUGGUUUAAAGGUCCUAUGACAUGAUGCUUUUUGGAUGCUUUUAUAUAGGCCUUAGUGG